GUGAUCCAUCAUAGUGUGUGCAGUGGAUGGAGAAGAGAAAGAGAUUCUUAGAUGUUUUCAGGAGACACCAAAGAGCACUGCUGAAUCUUCCUCCUGGGCAAUUUCUAGAUUACACCCGACAUCAAGGCAUCAUGAAGACACUGAGUGCUUUCCUCCUGGUGGGCCUCCUAGUGCUUUGGUCAGAAAUGCCACCAGCAUCUGGUCAACCAAACCGAGGAGCCAAACCUGGGUACUGCCCAGUAGAGCGUUGCAUGUGCCUCAGGAUUGGACCUAGAGAGUGCCGCAAUGAUUAUUCUUGCCGUGGAACACAGAAGUGUUGUUUCACUUGCUGUGUGAUGCGCUGUGUGGACCCAGUAAAAGAACCACCCCUACCAUAAUUCCUUCUUUACGAGGUGACAGCAGACCAGAUGCAGAACAGGCCUUUUGACUUGUCUUAUAUAUGAAGUUAGAAAGAAGCGUAACAUAUCGGACAGCAUGGGGUUCUUUCUGUAUCUUUUGGGCAGAACAGGAUCUUUCUGUAUUCCAGUUUUUGACUCAUUAAACAUGGUUUCAU